AUGGAACUAUCGGCGAAGGAGCACUUGAAUCGUUGUUUAGCAGAGGAGCACGACUACGCAGUCGGAAAAGCACAUUGUCGAUUGGCGUCAUUGUAUCCUGAUUUCGACCCAUUAUUGUGUGAUAUAACUGAACUUCGGUUUUAUAUGAAAUGGAAUCGUGCCAUGGAAGCUGUCCCCAUACUGGAACGGCUCGUAAAAAUACAUCCAUCAGACGAGGCCUGGACACUGAUACAUCAACUUUUCCUGAAAGCAUCGUCUUCAAAAAAUUCUACUGAAAAAGUUUUGUUUACGGAAAUUUCAAACGAUGCAUUUGAAUUCAUUAUUGGUGGCUUAACAAAGCGUUUUGACAACGACGAUCUUUUGAAAACAAAGUUACUUCUUUUUUGUUUACGCAAUGCUGAUGAAAACAAAUUCAGCAAAUUGCUGAACCGUGCCAUAACAUUUAUAACGGAAAGAGCUAGCAAUGACAAAGAACUCGAGAGCGGCAUUGGCAAGUAUCACGUUUAUUUAGCAGUCUUUGUUGCUCCUGCUCUCUUAAAGCUAAAUUUUACAAACAUAACAGUGAGCAGAGCUUUGAGUAUUGUAAUCACAGUUCUUCACGUUGGAAUCGCUUGGCCAGAACAUAAUGAUGCCUGGACUAGUCUUUUACGUGCAGUCUCAGAAAAUUAUGCAGCCGAAGCACAGCACUUCUCACAAGAGAGCUUUAAAAUAGGAGCUGCACUGUUCGACAAAUGUGUUAUUUUGUACGAUCUUGGAACACCUAUUAAUUUAUCUUUAAAUAUGAGUGGAUGUAGCAUUGUGUCAAGUAUCGUGGACAAAGCUUGCAGUCUGAAAGGGGAAGCUCGUAAGAUCGUAUUCCCAUUUUUUAUAUGGUACGCUUAUAAACAGUGGAAGGCAAAUAUCGAUGAAGGUGAAGUACUUGCGUGGAUCCCAGAAGAUAACUGGGCUAUGGAUGUCGACAAAUUGCUAGGCAAUAAUACUGAAUGUUUAACUCCUUCAAAAAAGGCAAAACUCAAGGAACGAAAGGAGGAGGUAGCAACAUUUCAAACAGAGUAUUUGUUGUCAUCACGACGCGAGUUAUGCGAGGCAUACGAACUUUGUUGUGCAGCAAUUUGCGCAUUUAUGACAUCGAUUUCUAUGGAUGUUGUUGCUGAAAAUCUGUAUUUUGCCUCUUUUUACAGUGACAUACGACAGCUCAUCACCGAAUCUCUACUGUUCAAAUGCAAAGUCAAUGAAUUAAUAGCGUAUGUUGAUGAUGAUCUGGGAAAUAAUGAUCCUUGGACAAAAGUGGUGCUUUAUUUCCAACUCGCCUGUGCUCACUGCUUGGACCGGAGUUGGCCUGAUGCAUGUGAAAGCGUGAUUCACAUACUUAAUAUUACAAAAGAAGACGAUAUAGGAUCAGAAAUGCUCAUUUCCGACAAAUAUUUACCAGGCACAUACACUAAAAACGACUCUAAUGCUCAGCCGACUUUCAUAAUCAUCAAACGAGAACGAUUAAAAAGAAUAGUGUUCGAUAUUGCGUAUCAUAUUUUAUUCCGGGUUUAUACGUCAACAGCGAUGGGUCAUGAUAAUGAUCAAUUAUUGGGUGCUCUACUUAUAUUAACUCAAAUCGAUUUUGCAACAAAAGGAUAUCGAUGUUUUAAUCGCAUCAUGCGACACGUGGAAGCAAAGGGAUCGCUAAGAAGUUCCGGACUUAUAAAGCACAUAACUAACAUCGCAAUUCUAGAAGAACUAUCAAGAAUUCAAGACUACUGCUCCGAAUAUGUUUCCAUUCAAAUAGCAGUUCCACAAAUACAAAGAAGAAUAGGACAGUCAACGCGUCACAGUGUAAGAGGAACGAAAGAUGGUCAAAAACAAUCAAUAGAAGAGCAAAUAAAAAAAUGUCGAGAAGAUCCACAUGUCACAGUGUCGACUUAUUUUAUUGAAAACAAAGAGACAAUAUUGAAAAUGCUUGAAGCAAAGUUCUAG